GGCUGCCAUCCGUGGUGUGUCCCGGCUCCUGGCCGGGCUCCGGGUACACCGGACACCGGGCCGUCUCUAUUCCGUCACUCACCUGUCUGUGUGCCGGAGAGGAUAGAGAAGAAGAAAAGCGAGGCCCUCCUGGGCGGCGGGGAGGCGAGGAUUGAGGCCCAGCACAAGAGGGGAAAGCUGACAGCCCGGGAGAGGAUUGGUCUGUUGCUGGAUCCUGGCAGUUUCGCGGAGUAUGACAUGUUUGUGGAACACCGAUGUGCCGAUUUCGGAAUGCAAGAGGACAGAAACAAGUAUCCCGGAGACAGUGUUGUCACAGGACAAGGCCGCAUUAAUGGAAGGCUGGUGUAUGUUUUCAGCCAGGACUUUACUGUGUUUGGAGGCAGUUUGUCUGGAGCUCACGCACAAAAAAUCUGCAAGAUCAUGGACCAAGCUGUUCUGGUGGGAGCCCCGGUGAUUGGACUUAACGACUCUGGAGGAGCUCGUAUCCAGGAGGGUGUAGAGUCCUUGGCGGGCUAUGCGGACAUUUUUCUGAGAAAUGUGCUGAGUUCUGGUGUCGUGCCUCAGAUUUCUCUGAUUAUGGGUCCCUGUGCUGGAGGUGCUGUUUAUUCCCCUGCCCUAACGGACUUUACAUUCAUGGUUAAGGACACUUCCUAUCUCUUCAUUACUGGUCCAGAUGUAGUAAAGUCAGUUACCAAUGAGGAUGUGACACAAGAAGACCUAGGAGGAGCCAAAACCCACACUGCCCUAUCAGGGGUAGCUCACCGAGCUUUUGAAAAUGACAUAGACGCUUUAUUAAACCUGCGGGAAUUCUUUAACUACCUUCCACUAAGCAAUAAGGAUGCAGCACCAGUAAGGGAGUGUCAUGACCCAAGCGAGCGCCUCGUACUUGGAUUAGACAGCAUAGUUCCCAUGGAGUCCACUAAAGCCUAUGAUAUGCUGGAUAUCGUCCAUUCGAUUGUUGAUGAACAAGACUUCUUUGAGAUUAUGCCCAACUAUGCCAAAAAUAUGAUAGUGGGCUUUGCCAGGAUGAAUGGCAGGACGGUUGGCAUUGUUGGAAACCAGCCAAAAGUGGCAUCAGGCUGUUUGGACAUCAAUUCUUCUGUUAAAGGAGCUCGCUUUGUAAGAUUCUGCGAUGCCUUCAAUAUACCCAUCAUCACAUUCGUUGAUGUACCAGGAUUUUUGCCAGGCACUGCUCAGGAGUAUGGAGGCAUUAUCCGGCAUGGAGCAAAACUUUUGUUUGCCUUUGCUGAAGCUACUGUCCCCAAGAUCACAAUCAUUACUAGAAAGGCAUAUGGUGGAGCCUAUGAUGUCAUGAGCUCAAAGCAUCUGAGAGGUGAUGUUAACUAUGCCUGGCCCACAGCAGAGGUUGCUGUUAUGGGAGCAAAGGGAGCUGUACAGAUCAUAUUCCGAGGAAAACAGAACCAGGCCGAGGCCGAGGCCGAGGCAGAAUAUGUGGAGAAGUUUGCCAACCCUUUUCCUGCAGCAGUCAGAGGAUUUGUUGAUGACAUCAUCCAGCCGUCUACUACACGCAUGCGCAUCUGUCGUGAUCUUGAAGUACUUGCAAGUAAACAACAAGUAAAUCCAUGGAAGAAACAUGCAAAUAUCCCUCUGUGA